AUGAUAUUCGCAAGUAUAAGACGUAUAUUUCAAUCUUUUAGAACUGAAGAAGAAGAAAGAUUAUAUUCAAGAACUGCUUUUUUUAAUUUAUUAGGAUUUUUAACUUCAUGUGUUUUAUUUUCAUUUGUUGCUCAAAGAUUAUCAAGACAUCCAAGAGAAUUGGCUCAUAUUGCUAAAGCUGAUGCUUUAUUAAAGGCUCUCACAAAUUAA